CUCUUCAAAACUUAAGUGUUUAUAAAACAGACAGAGCUCCUAGCAUUGCAGAGAGAAUAUUUUGGAAUUCCUAACCCAAUUGGGGCCUCCAACUUUCCUGAUCAUCUUGCUUGUUUGUACCAUGGCCUGCCCAUUCUGGGCUCCUCUUAGGGCGUACUUGUAGGGAAGUACACUUUACUGAAUUAGCAUAUGUCUGGUAAGUGGUGGCUGGAGAAGAAGGUGGAGCUUGGGGAGCUUAUAACAAGUCAACCCUGAGUUUCACUUUUGAGUUCAGUCCAGGAUCACUGUGGUCCUCAUAUUUGGGAGAAGAGCUGAGACCUGAGGAAGGUGAUCAACUUCUGUAUCUCCCAGGUAGUCAAUAUCCGUGUGGAAGCAUGGACAUCAUUGGGCCUUCUGCUUUGCAGCCUGGAGAAAGAGCCUCAAGCUGCCUACAGGAGGCCAUGCCAAGGCCCUCAGAUAGCUUACAACUGGUGCAGGAAUGCUUGCAACAGUUCAAGGUGACAAGGACACAGCUGCAGCAGAUCCAAGCCAGUCUUCUGUGCUCCAUGGAGCAGGCACUGAAGGGACAGGACAGUCCUGCCCCUUCUGUCCGGAUGUUGCCCACAUAUGUGGGAUCCACGCCACAUGGCACUGAGCAAGGAGACUUCCUGGUGCUGGAGCUAGGGGCCACAGGAGCCUCACUCCGUGUGUUGUGGGUGACACUGACAGGCACCCAAGAACAUAGGGUGGAGCCCAAGAGCCAGGAGUUCAUGAUUCCUCAAGAGGUGAUACUAGGUACUGGCCAGCAGCUCUUUGACUUUGCUGCCCGCUGCCUGUCUGAAUUCCUCAAUGCACACCCCGUGGAGAAUCAGUGUCUGAAGCUUGGGUUCAAUUUCUCUUUUCCUUGUCACCAGUCGGGUUUGGACAGGAGCACCCUCAUUUCCUGGACAAAAGGUUUUAGGUGCAGUGGUGUGGAAGGCCAGGAUGUGGUCCAGUUGCUAAGAGAUGCCAUUCAGAGGCAGGGGACCUACAAUAUUGAUGUGAUGGCCAUGGUGAAUGACACAGUGGGCACCAUGAUGGGCUGUGAGCUGGGCACUGGGCCAUGUGAGGUCGGCCUUAUUGUAGACACUGGUACCAAUGCAUGUUACAUGGAGGAGGCACGGCAUGUGGCAGCUCUGGAUGAGGACCGAGGCCGCACCUGUGUCAGCAUCGAGUGGGGCUCCUUCUAUGAUGACGAGGCCUUAGGGCCAGUAUUGACCGUCUUCGACCGUGCCCUGGACCAUGAGUCCCUGAUUCCUGGUGCUCAGAGGUUUGAGAAGAUGAUUGGGGGCCUGUACUUGGGUGAACUGGUACGGCGGGUGCUGGUCCACUUGACCCAGCAUGGGGUUCUCUUUGGCGGCUGCAGCUCUCUUGCAUUGCUGAAUCAAGGCAGCAUCCUCCUGGAACAUGUGGCUGAAAUGGAGGACCCCACCACUGGAACAGCCCAUGUCCACACAAUCCUGCAGGACCUGGGUCUGAGCCCACAGGCCUCAGAUGCUGAGCUUGUGCAGCAUGUGUGUGCGGCUGUGUGCACACGGGCUGCCCAGCUCUGUGCUGCUGCCCUGGCUGCAAUCCUGUCCCGCCUCCAACGCGGCAGGGAGCAGCAGACCCUGCAUGUGGCUGUGGCCACAGGAGGGCGAGUGUUUGAACGGCAUCCCAGGUUCCACCGCACCGUAAAGGAGAUGGUAAUGCUCUUGGCCCCAGAAUGUGACGUCUCCUUCACCCCCUCUGUGGAUGGUGGCGGCCGGGGUGUGGCAAUGGUGACAGCUGUGGCUGCCCGCCUGGCUGCCCACAGGCACAUCCUGGAGGAGACCCUGGCACCAUUUCAGCUGAACUUUGAGCAGCUGAUAGUGGUGCAGGCACAAAUGCGGGAAGCCAUGAUCCGGGGGCUUCAAGGAGAGGCCUCCUCCCUUCGAAUGCUGCCCACUUACGUACGAGCCACACCUGAUGGUAACGAGCGAGGUGAUUUCCUGGCCUUGGACCUAGGGGGCACCAACUUCCGGGUCCUAUUGGUACGUGUGGCCAAAGGCAGUGUACAGAUCAUCAACCAGGUCUACUCUAUCCCUGAGUGUGUCACCCAGGGCUCUGGACAGCAGCUCUUUGAUCACAUUGUGGACUGCAUCAUGGACUUCCAGCAGAGGCAGGGCCUGAGUGGACAGAGCCUACCCCUGGGCUUCACCUUCUCUUUUCCAUGCCGGCAGCUGGGCCUGGACCAGGGCAUCCUCCUGAACUGGACUAAGGGGUUCAGUGCAUCAGGCUGUGAGGGCCAAGAUGUCGUACAUCUAUUACGGGAAGCCAUUAGGCGUAGACAGGCUGUGGAGCUGAAUGUGGUUGCCAUUGUCAAUGACACGGUGGGGACCAUGAUGUCCUGUGGCUAUGAUGAUCCCCGUUGUGAGAUGGGCCUCAUUGUUGGAACUGGCACCAAUGCCUGCUAUAUGGAGGAGCUCCAGAACGUGGCAAGUGUGGCUGGGGACUCGGGCCACAUGUGCAUCAACAUGGAGUGGGGUGCCUUUGGGGAUGAUGGCUCACUGGACAUGCUCAGCACCUGCUUUGAUGCUAGUGUGGACCAGGCAUCCAUCAAUCCAGGCAAACAGAGGUUUGAGAAGAUGAUCAGCGGCAUGUACCUGGGGGAGAUCGUUCGCCAUAUCCUCCUGCAUUUAACCAGUCUUGGAGUUCUCUUCCGGGGCCAGAAGGCUCAAUGCCUUCAGACCAAGGACAUCUUCAAGACCAAGUUUCUCUCUGAGAUUGAAAGUGACAGCCUGGCCCUGCGUCAAGUCCGAGCCAUCCUGGAGGAUCUGGGGCUGACUCUGACCUCUGAUGAUGCCCUGAUGGUCCUAGAGGUGUGCCAAGCAGUGUCUCGAAGGGCUGCCCAGCUCUGUGGGGCCGGUGUGGCUGCUGUGGUGGAAAAGAUGAGGGAGAACCGUGGCCUGCAGGAGCUGACAGUGUCUGUGGGAGUAGAUGGGACCCUCUACAAGCUACAUCCCCACUUCUCCAGGCUGGUGUCAGCUACAGUUCAGAAGCUAGCCCCUCACUGCGCGGUUACCUUUUUGCAAUCAGAGGAUGGGUCUGGCAAAGGUGCAGCUUUGGUCACUGCUGUUGCCUGUCGCCUGACCCAGAUGACCCAGAUGGCCCAUGUCUGAG